AAGCUCUGGCCAUCCGGUGAGGGACCGUGUGUCAGAUGGGACUCACACCGACUUGUGGGCUCUUUUCCACAGGCCUCCAGUAGGGGUUCAGGAGAGAGAUGGCGAGCAAGGCAGGGGUCAGAAGAAGCCCCACCUGUGGGGCAGGCCGGCAGCAGGGAAUUGGCUGUGGCCUUGAGAUGGGCGCUGCCUCUGCCCAGGCCCUUCUCUCCCAGGAGACAAAGCCUCAAACUGCUGGAGGAGAGGCAGCCAAAGCUUUGGCCCUGGGCACAGGCACGGACGCACGGCUGCAGGGGCAGAAGCAUAAACCCUCUACCCUCGAGGAAGGAGGGGAGGAAGGGCUUGGGCCUACAUGGAUACCAACACUCCUUCUGGGAAGGGGCCGGGAACUUCCUCCCAAGACCAACCACAGACACGAGGAGAAGGGGCAGGUAUGCUGAGAAAGGCCCACCCACAAGGACCGGGCACAGAGGACCUGCCUCAGAUCAAAGUUCACGCCUGUCUGGGACAUCCAAGAACCCCCCAUGUUGCCCCAGAGGCUAACGCAGCACAUCGGGUAACCAGCAACAGCUGCCUGCCCAUGGGGGGCACCUGAGGCCUGUUCUACGAGGCCCUGGCAAGACUAAAAUAUUGAGAAAAUUCUCCAGCAACCUGGGCUCCACGCUCGGCCCACACAACACCAGGGAAUUUGGAGGCUGGUGUUGUCCUGCAGUGCCCAUAGUAACAGCCGUCUCCAGUCUAGACGGACUCAGCUCUCCACAGCGCCCGAUAGAAGACAUGUGCACAGAUCCAGGUUGGAGAGCUGUGGAGAGUUUAGCUAAGCUCCUCUGCAACGUUGUUGCGAAGGCAUCCACCCUGUGGCGUCGGCAGGCCCUUGGACAGACGCCAGCCCUCCGGUGAGCGCGGUGAGCGCGUGAGCGCAUGCGCUGGCCGUCGCCCGCGAAGGUGAGACACAGCUCCCCAGUCUGAGUCUCCAGGCUCCCAAAGCCGCAGGCGGAGGGUUUGAUCCCGCUUGUGAUUCAUGAUACUUGGAAAGAUUAAACAUUUACCCAGUGUUCGAGUGUGCUCAACAGACAUUUCCUGAGGCCCAUGAUCGAGGUCCUGGGGGCAUUUCUCGACAUUAUCUCCAGGUAGAAACUGGGAAGAUGACGGAAAGAAGGAACUGAGCUCGGCUUUCAGGCUCUCAGACAAGCAGGGGGUGGAACGCAGCCGGAUUUCAAAGAGAAGCUUUACACCCCCCUUCGUGUCUUUGCCUCCUCGGAUGGAGCACCUGCUACGGGUGUUCACUUUCCCUUCGCGCUAUCGUUCCUGCACAGACAACGGGCACUCUGCACCAGAAGGUCACCCGUGUUGAGUCAAAGUUCCCGGCAGCGCCACCCUCUUCGCGCCGCACCCUAGAUCCUAGCCGGCCGCCCCAGCCCUAGGCACUGCAUUUGUCCCAGCCCAGCGUCGGGCAGCUCCGAUAUUUAACUCCACGGGUCGCUGGCCGCAGAGUCUCCCCUGAGGCUCUUCGGCACCGCCCCUACCACCGCACGGCUCCUCUGAUUGGACGUGGCUGCGCCCGGCCGGCCAAUGGCUUGGCGACGGCAGGUUCCCGGAAGUGGCGGCGCGGCCCGGGAAGACCUCAGUUUCCGCAGGCUGAGUCGGGGCCGGUUCCGCUGGCUUCGCGGGCGCUAUGAGUUGCUUCCAGGGACAGAUGGCCGAGUACCCCACCAUCUCCAUAGACCGCUUCGACAGGGAGAACCUGAAGGCCCGCGCCUACUUCCUGUCUCACUGCCACAAGGCUUGAAGGUUUGUUUAUACUGUUCACCUGUUACUAAAGAGUUGUUGUUAACUAACCCGAGGUACAGAUUUUGGGAGAAACGAAUUAUAUCAAUUGAAAUUGAAACUCCUACCCAGAUAUCGUUAGUCGAUGAAGCAUCAGGCGAGAAGGAAGAGAUUGUUGUGACUCUCUUACCAGCUGGUCAUUGUCCAGGAUCAGUUAUGUUUUUAUUUCAGGGCAAUAAUGGAACGGUCUUGUACACGGGAGACUUCCGAUUGGCACAGGGGGAAGCUGCCAGAAUGGAGCUCCUGCAUUCUGGGGGCAGAGUGAAAGACAUCCAAAGUGUAUACCUAGAUACUACUUUCUGCGAUCCGAAAUUUUACCAGAUUCCUAGUCGAGAGGAGUGUCUGAGCGGAAUAUUAGAGCUGGUUCGCAGCUGGAUCACUCGGAGUCCGUACCAUGUCGUGUGGCUGAACUGCAAAGCAGCUUACGGGUAUGAGUAUCUGUUCACCCAUCUGAGCGAGGAGUUUGGAAUCCAGGUUCAUGUGGACAAAUUAGACAUGUUUAGGAACAUGCCCGACAUUCUUCAUCACCUCACAACAGACCGGAAUACUCAGAUCCAUGCCUGUCGCCAUCCGAAGGCAGAAGAAUAUUUUCAUUGGAAUAAAUUACCCUGUGGAAAUAUUUCCAAAAAUACAAUUCCACUCCACACAAUCAGCAUUAAGCCAUCCACUAUGUGGUUUGGAGAAAGGACCAGAAAAACAAAUGUAAUUGUGAGGACUGGAGAGAGUUCAUACAGAGCUUGUUUUUCUUUUCACUCUUCCUACAGUGAGGUUAAAGAUUUCUUGAGCUACAUCUGUCCUGUGAAUGUGUAUCCCAAUGUCAUUCCAAUAGGCACAACUAUGGAUAAAGUUGUAGAAAUCUUAAAGCCUUUAUGCCGAUCUUCCCAAAGUACUGAGCCAAAGUAUAAACCACUUGGAAAAUUGAAGAGAGCUAGAAAAACUCACCUAGACUCAGAGGAGGAAGAUGACCUCUUUGAUGAUCCUGUGCCGUUACCGCUAAGGCACAAGGUUCCAUACCAGCUAACUCUUCACCCUGACGUGUAUCUGAUGACUGCAGCUUCCCCAAGCAAGCCUGAACAAGAGAGACAAAGCACAGGGUACAAAGAGAGUAUGCACCCCUUUCCUUUGGCAAACUUUAUAGAAUGUGAAGAAUCCAACAGCGAAGGUGAAGAAGAAUUACAAACCCCAGCUUCAUCUCAAGAAGACCUGGGUGCUCUCACACAUCACCAGCAAAAGGCUGAUGUAGAAGUACCACAGUGGGAAGUGUUCUUUAAAAGAAAUGAUGAAAUCACAGAUGACAGUUUGGAAAACCUCCCUUCUUCCACAGAGGCAGGGGGCUCUCAGUCGCCAAAGAUUUUUAGUGACUCUGAUGGAGAGUCAACUCACAUCUCUUCCCAGAAUUCUUCUCAGUCAACACACAUAUCCGAACAAGGGAGUCAAGGCUGGGACAGCCAAUCGGACACUGUUUUGUUAUCAUCCCAAGAGAGAAACAGUGGGGAUAUUACCUUCUUGAACAAAGGUAGCUAUAGACCAAGAAUCAAAGAGAAUAUUCCUGCCUCUCAGAUGGAACAAAAUGUACUUUGCCCAAAGGAUACUUAUUCUGACUUGAAAAGCAGAAAUCAAGACGCAAAUAUGGCUCCUAGUGUUGGAGAAAUAACCACUCUAAGCAGUGGGAAACACAUACCUCAGGAAAAAAGGCUACUAAAUUUUAGCACCAAUGCAGAUUCCCAGAGCUCCUCUGAUUUUGAAAUUCCCUCCACACCAGAAGCUGAGCUACCUAAAGGAGAGCAUUUACAGUAUUUAUAUGAGAAGCUGGCAACAGGGGAGAAUAUAGUCACUGAAAAAAGAAAAAGCUCAUUCUCAGAUACUUAAAAAUGAAAAACCUUGCAUUCUAGAGCAACCAGUAGAAAACUUACACAAAGAGGUAAUGGUCAGAAUCAUAAUGGACACGUCAGAAUGGAAUAUUUAAAAAUGUUCAUGUAACCUAAAACAAGGCAGUAAAGGGGAAAAAGAACAAAAAAUAGAGGUAAAAAGCAGAAAAUAAGGUAGAACUAAAUCCAAACAUCAAUAAUUACAUUAAGUGAAAGUGGUCAACACACACCAGAAAAAACCCAGGGAAAGACACAACGUUUUUAUAUGCUGUCUCUAAGAAACUCAAUUCAAAUGAUGCAGGCAGGUUAAAAGUAAAGCCUGGAAAAAUAUAUCUAAAUACUUCCACUACUUAAAGCUGGAACGACUAUAUUACCAUCAGACAAAUUUCUCACAAAAGGUCCAGUUCACUAAGAAGACACAAUCCUACAUGUGUAUGUUGCUGCAACAGCUUCAAAAGAGAGAAAGCAAAACCAAAGGAGAAACACUAAUGCACAGUCGAGCUGGGAACUCUACCUGUUCCUCUAUCGGUAAUAGAAUUAGCACACAGGAAGUGAGCAAGGCUAUGGAAGAACUCCAUGGCACCAUUAACCAACUGCAACUGACACAGAACAUUCCACCCAACAGAGAAUGUUCUCAAGCGCCAUGGCACAUUCACCCUGAUAGAUGGCUGCAUCCUGGGUCAUAAAAACUCUUAAAAACAAUCAGCCCCUUAUUUAUCUCAAAAGGUCACUUCUGAAUGCUGGUUUGAACACAAAGGUAAAAUGAAAAGGAGAGAAAUUAGGACCCAAAAGAAAAGAAUGAAAUGGCAAAAGUGUGUGUUCUAGUUGUUGGAUUUCCUUAAAGUCUGUCAAUGGAUUAUGUUUUUAUACAGCUAUAUAUGUGGUUUAAUAAAGUUCUAUUAACAAAUAUUCAUCAACA